CAUGUGGUCUGAAUCACAGGCCAGGGUGGGGGCGGCGGCAGCUGCUCACCGUCUACGCAAUCCUGGCAGAGAAACACCUGCUUUCCCCAUCAAGGUUGCAGCAAGCCCCGCCCCAUAGUUACCAGAGGCCUUAGCAACGCAGCCAGGACCGAGAGAACCAGGAGCGGGCGGAGUCGGCAUCGCGCAAGUCUCGCGAGAGUCGGGAGUUCGUCAUUUUCGCGCCAGGGAAAGGAGGCGACCGUGUUUCUUUUAAAGCGAAACCGGGAGCUUUGGUCGUUAUGGAGCGCACGGCUACUUUGGAAAAGACGGCGGCCGCAAAGGCCACGAACUUGCCCUGGGUAGAAAAAUACCGACCUCAGACGCUGGGGGAUCUAAUUUCUCAUCAGGAUAUUCUAAGUACCAUUCAGAAGUUCAUCAGUGAAGACCGAUUGCCUCAUCUUCUCCUCUAUGGGCCUCCAGGGACAGGCAAGACCUCCACCAUUUUGGCCUGUGCGAAACAACUUUACAAAGACAAAGAGUUUGGAUCAAUGGUUCUGGAAUUGAACGCUUCAGACGACCGGGGCAUUGAUAUUGUCAGAGGACCUAUCUUGAACUUUGCCAGCACAAGGACCAUAUUUAAGAAAGGCUUUAAACUGGUGAUUUUGGAUGAAGCCGAUGCCAUGACACAGGAUGCCCAGAAUGCCCUCCGACGUGUGAUUGAGAAAUUCACAGAAAACACCCGAUUUUGCCUCAUUUGCAACUACCUCUCCAAGGUCAUCCCAGCUUUGCAAUCCAGGUGCACCAGAUUUCGCUUUGGGCCCCUGACACCAGAACUUAUGGUUCCUCGCCUGCAGCAUGUUAUAGGGCAGGAAAAAGUUGAUAUAAGCGAUGAUGGAAUGAAGGCCCUGGUCACACUGUCUAAUGGUGAUAUGCGGAGGGCUCUGAACAUCUUACAGAGCACUAACAUGGCCUUUGGGAAGGUGACAGAAGAGACUGUCUACACUUGCACAGGGCAGCCGCUCAAGUCUGACAUCGCCAACAUCUUGGACUGGAUGCUAAACCAAGAUUUCACCACUGCCUAUCGCAAUAUCAUGAAGCUGAAAACACUGAAGGGCCUCGCUCUUCAUGACAUCCUGACAGAGAUUCACUUGUUCGUCCAUCGAGUUGACUUUCCAUCAUCUGUACGAAUCCAACUCCUGACCAAGAUGGCAGAUGUUGAGCAUCGUCUAGCUGCAGGAACAAGCGAGAAGAUUCAGCUGGGAGCCCUGGUGGCUGCGUUCCAAGUCACCAGAGAUCUGAUUGUAGCUGAGGCCUAGGCCCAAGACAGUCUCUCCAGCAGUUGAUCGCUUGCCAAACAAGGACUUGGUUCUUCUGCACUCAUCUCUUAUUGUGUUCAGAAUAGCUCACUGAGGCUAGAGAUCAUGGUAGUAAUUGAAGAUGGCGAUUCAAGCCAGUGAACAUUUGCUCACAGGUUUCAGCUCAUGUCCUGUGAGGCCUUCAUUGUCUGAGUUUGGACCCGCUUCCAUGUGUUACCAGCAGUGUUAUCCUACCUGUUUCAAAAUUGGGUAGAGACCUUCAAGGUGUCACCACAAGCCAAACUGUACUCUUAGCACAAGAGAAGACUGUUUUUGGAA